AUGUUCGGAUUCGCAAGCCGUACAGUGACCCUACCCUACCCUCUUCUGUCCCACCUGCUAACCGGCGCCCCCUUCCUCCCCGUCAAAACAGACGACGCCCGCGACAAGCGUGAGGAGAUCUACAACGGCGAGCCGCACGAGUCGAAGUGGACGCACGAGGCCCUCGCCGGCGCCGCCUCGUUCGAGGCCAUGCACCUGUGGGAGAAGAAGCAGCGCGAGGAGGGCAACCCGGUCUCGCACGGCUUCGCGCGCGAGGCCAUCGCCGCCGUCGCCGGCGCCGAGGUCGACAAGCUCUUCGAGACCAAGGGCCUCGACUUCCUCGACCGCGAGCGCGCCAAGCGCCAGGCCCAGGACAACGCCGUCCACCUGUACGACCAGCAGUACGGCGGCCAGGCGCAGUACGACCCGAACAACUCUCAGCCCCACGAGUCCAUGCGGUGGUAG